GCAGCGCAUCACGCACAGAGGGAAGUAGAGAGAGGAGGCAGAGGGAGAGAUAUUUAUAGCCCAGAGCGAAGCGGCUGCGCAUCGACAGGACUCGGGAACAACCUGCAGGCAGACGAGGCUUACUCACACACAAACGAGGACGAGUCACAAUGAAACCGCUCUUUUCUUCUGUCAUAUUGGGCGCCGCGGUGCUCGCCCUGGCCGGCGCGGCCAGCACCGGCACCGACUCCGGAAUCUCCUUUGAGUACCACCGUUACGAGGAGCUGCGGAAAGCGCUGGUGUCGGUGUGGCUGCAGUGUCCAACCAUCACCCGCAUCUACACCAUCGGGGAGAGCUUUGAAGGCCGAGAACUGCUGGUGCUGGAGAUGUCCGACAACCCCGGGAAGCACGAGGCGGGUGAGCCUGAGUUUAAAUACAUUGCCAACAUGCACGGUAACGAGGCCGUGGGCAGAGAGCUGGUCAUCUACCUGGCCCAGUACAUUUGCAAUCAGUACCAGCAAGGCAACGAGACCAUCAUCGACCUCGUCCACAACACCCGAAUUCACCUCAUGCCCUCCAUGAACCCAGAUGGCUUUGAGAAGGCAGCGUCGCAGCCCGGAGAGAUCAAGGACUGGUUUGUGGGCCGCAGCAACGCUCAGGGAGUGGAUCUCAACCGCAACUUUCCCGAUCUGGACCGCAUCGUCUACAUUAACGAGCGGGAGGGCGGAGCCAACAACCAUCUGCUGGAGAAUAUGAAGAAAGCAGUGGAUGAAAAUACGAAGCUGGCUCCUGAGACCAAAGCUGUGAUCCACUGGAUCAUGGACAUCCCCUUCGUCCUGUCAGCUAACCUGCAUGGAGGAGACGUUGUGGCCAACUAUCCCUACGAUGAGACCCGCAGUGGAUCCACCCACGAGUACAGCGCCAGCCCAGACGAUGUGAUGUUCAAGUCUCUGGCCAGAGCUUACUCCAUAUACAACCCCGUCAUGUCCGACCCGCAACGACCUCCCUGCCGCAAGAACGACGACGACUCCAGCUUCAAGGACGGCAUCACUAACGGGGGAGCCUGGUACAGCGUCCCCGGAGGGAUGCAGGAUUUCAACUAUCUGAGCAGCAACUGUUUUGAGAUCACUCUGGAGCUCAGCUGUGACAAGUUUCCCAAUGAAGAAACGCUGAAGAACUACUGGGAGCAGAACCGCGACUCCCUCGUCAGCUACAUCGAGCAGGUUCAUCGCGGCGUUAAGGGCUUUGUCCGCGAUCUGCAGGGAAACCCCAUUUCCAACGCCACCAUCGCUGUGGAGGGAAUCGACCAUGACAUCACCACAGCCAAAGAUGGAGACUACUGGCGCCUCCUGGCUCCAGGGAACUACAAAGUGGCCGCCUCCGCCCCAGGAUACCUGACCGUCAUCAAGAAGGUGGCUGUUCCCUACAGCCCUGCAACUAGGGUGGACUUUGAGCUGGAGUCUCAGCUGGAGCGGAAGGAGGAGGAAAAGGAGGAGCUAAUGGACUGGUGGAAAAUGAUGUCGGAGACACUGAACUUCUAAACUGUUUUAGGGACCGUCCGCACAUCAAUGUGAAAUGAAUUCAUUCCGUGUGCCCGUACCACUCUGCAGAGUAUAUAUCUGUCUCUCUUUCGUUCCUUCUUCGUUAAUCUAUCCGCUAAAAUUGGUCGAUUUUUUGUUGUUGUUUGCCUCGUGAUGCCUGUGGGAGGGAUCUGCAGGUAGUUUGGUGGCAGUGAGGCUGCUGUUUCUUUCUGUGGUGAACAUGGCCUGUAUAACAGAUGACUGAAUAACGAGUAAUUAUGUAGAAAAGCUGUUUAUAUCAUCUUUUUGUUGUUCCGUUUUUAAAUGUUUCUCCAGACUUUAGUACAAAAACAUGAUAAUGAUAUUGGGACACGCCUCUUUUCACUCUCCAACGACUGUGAGCACACUUGCUGAUAAUUAUUCACCCUGUUUCUGUUAUGUCUUAUAAAAGGAAAAAAAAAAAUCAACACUAUGGCUCUGAGAUGGUCGAGGACAUUAAAAGCCACUGUAACAUCAAUGUAAACAAUCUAAACAGACGGGCUGAUGUCCCUGUAGGUUAUUUAUUUUUAGAUUUUAUUAUUUUAAUUUUAAGCACACACCUAACUAAAUAUGGAUGUUCAUAAUAUAUACUGUAUUUAUAAACUGCAUAUAACAAGAAAUGUGUGUUGUUUUUGUUACUAAGAUGAAGAAAAUAAGGCCAGUAACUCUUGAAGGUAUAUAUUAAUUUGGAUUGAUCAAAAGCCAUUCCUUUGCCCAAGCAAUGCACAGGAAAUACUAUAAAAGAAGGCACUGCAGUCAUAUUCAAUAGAUUAGCAUAAUAUUGAAAAGUUACUUAAUUUAAGUAACUCAAUACAUCAAGGGAAACACAUUAUAUACAUUAAUUGGACUUAGAGGGAUGUUUUAAAUCCUCUAUUUGUAUUGAUUAUGAUGAUUUUUUACUUACAACUAGUAAAAACAUGACAUUUAAGAAUUAUAUAUUGCACCAGGCCAAUGAAAAAUAUGGUACUUUUAACAUGAUGCAUACUCUAAUCUAGUGAAUAUGACUAUGUAUACAAUAAAGAUUUAUUGAAUGUAUUAAUAUAGAAAUAGAUGUGAAGCGUAAGAAUAACCUGAUCAAUAAAGUUCCCCUCUUUAUGUUGUCAA